AGGUUCUAGAAACCCACACGCACCACUAUGGGCCCUCUCCAUUAGGGCUCGGUCGAUGACACAUGCAAUCCGUGUGAAUUAGUCUUCUAAAACUAUAGCUUGUUGCAUACAACAAACAAUUGCAGUGCACUACCUCGGCCUUCGAUGGAGAGGCCACAUGUCGCCAUAUUCCCCUUCAGCGCGGCGAUGGGCCAUUUCCUACCAUUAGCUGAGUUUGUAAAGCGUCUCUGCAACUUCCAUGCCUUCUCAAUCACCCUCAUCAUCACCAAAUGGAUGUGGACAUCUCAGCAACCCGCAGUGCUUGAACGAUUGGCCUCCUCUGCUCUCGACAUACGCUUUGCAGAGAUUCCCCACAUCACUCUGGAUGAAGAUGAGCGAGACAUGAAAUUUGGAGCACGCAUUUCCAAGUUUAUGCUGAAAGCAAUGCCGCACAUUGAAGAUGUUCUGCAAUCGUUGCGUUCAUCAUCGCCCAUAUCUGCUUUUAUUAUAGACCCCUUCUGCACGGAACUGCUGGCCGUUACCGCCAAGCUGAAGAUCCCAACUUAUUUAUUCGUUCCGGCCUCUGCUGCUCUGGUUUGCUUCAUGUUAAAUCUUCCGAAGUUCGUUUCGGAGAUGAAGGUCUCAUUUAAAGACGUGGAUUUUGAAGUGGAGGUACCUGGGUUUCCGCCGAUUCCUCCGAGGGAUCUGCCCAGUUCCCUUCAGGACAGGUCAGAUUCAGAGUUUGAAUGGUUUGUAAACCAUGCCUCCCGCUUCAAGGAAGCUUCGGGGAUUCUCAUUAACACUUUUGCUGAGUUUGAGGAGGAAGCCAUUAAAGCCCUCAGCACCCCUGCAACGCCUGCGAUCUAUCCAAUAGGUCCCUUGUUGCUCACAGAAUCUGAUACCCCUGACCAGUCCAGCUGCCUCAAUUGGUUGGAUGAGCAGCCUCCUUCGUCCGUUCUGUUUGUGUCCUUUGGAAGCUUCGGCGUUAUAUCAAGGGAGCAAAUUACAGAUCUGGCAAUUGGACUUGAAGCCAGUGGCCACCGGUUCCUGUGGGUGGUGCGUGGGUACAAAUCUGGGGACUCUUCUACUCUUGAAACUGACAUUUCCGAGCUUUUACCAGAGGGUUUUGAGAAUCGAACCAGGGACCGUGGGCUGGUGCUUCUCAAUUGGGCUCCUCAAGUUCCUGUUCUUUCUCAUCCCUCUACCGGAGGAUUCCUUUCUCAUUGUGGGUGGAAUUCUACUUUGGAGAGCGCCUGUAAUGGAGUCCCAAUGAUCACUUGGCCUCUUGGUGCCGAACAGGGGAUGAACAAGGCCAUACUAGUGAAGCAGAUUCAGGUAGCCGUAGAUUUGAAAAUGGACGACAAGAGAUUUGUGAAGAGAGAAGAAGUGGAGAGAGCGGUGAGGGAAUUGAUGGAAGGAGAAGAGGGAAGAAAGGCGAGGAAGAAAAUGAAAGAAUUGAAGGGCAAGGCCAAGAUUGCUAUGAUGGAAGGAGGGAGCACAAUCAAGGCCACUGCUGAAGCAGCCGCAGAUCUUUCAGCCUCAACUUUAAAUGUUAAUUAAUGAUAUAUUUUAAUUGCUUAAUCACUACAAUUUGGGGAACAUUGAGAUAUGGUGUCACUAUCUAUAGUUUAGAUAGUAUUCCUUAAAACUCCACUACCAAAUCAAUGGUCAUGAUGUAUUUUGUUUCA